CUCUCCCAUCCUGCGGAGCGGGGGGUGGGUAUCUCCCCGCCGCCGCCUGAGGAAUGUCAACUAUUCAACAUGGAGACGGCGGUUACCAGGCUCGAGACCAUGUUCCAGAAGGCAGAAUCUGAUCUGGAUUAUAUUCAACACAGACUGGAGUUUGAAAUAAGGAAAAGUCUUCCUGAUAAUCCAGCAGCAGAGGAAAAUCCAGUUGCUCUCUUAGAAGCACUCUCAAUGAUGAAAUCUCAUUAUAAAAUGUUAUGUAUGCAACUGGAAAAAGUUUCCAUGGAGCAGAGAGCAUCUAUGAAGGGCAUCCGUGCUGCUGUAGAGAACACGAUGAAGAUGGUUCAGGCAUUACAGCAACAUACUGAUCUCGAGUGCUCACCUCUGUCAGAAGAAGAACAGACUGCAGCACAGCAGUUAACCUACCAAACUCUUAGAGAAAUGGAAUUGCUAGUGGAAGAGCCAUUUUGUUCAGAAUCUACAGUCCUGGCUCAACUGAAGAGCAGCACUGAGUGUUUCACAGAUGAACAAGAUGAACAUGAAACCCACUGACCCAAGAAUACAAAUCUUGAAAGAACUUGCCAUCAUGGAACUUGACAAACAAGGAAAUGUUAAAUUGGUUGUAUAAAUGUGAGCUCAGUCCAGUCUCAUUUGACACACAAGCAUCUUGGUCAGAGCUCCUGGAUUAUUAACAAGCAUUUCUCUAGGGAUUAUAAAUCGACUGUUGGAAAGCUGUUAAGGUUUCUGUAUACAAAUUCUAUUUAUAGUACUUAAAAUUGGAGAGUUAAAAGAUAUUGAGGUUGGUAUUUUAUCUUGGAUAUUUAUGAGAGUAUAGCCGAUGCAUUUUUUUGAAGAGUAUUGUUAGCCGUGUGACACUUCCAUAUUCUUGCUUACAUUCCUCGGUGGGGUUUUUAAGACACAGAACCCAAGCCACUUAAUUGUACUUACAUUCCUGAAUAAAUGAUGAAAGCUAAGGAGAUCUUUAUCCAAGGAUAAAGAUUUUACAACUUCUCUGGGCAACCUGUUGUAGUGUCUGACCAUCGUCAUAGUAAAAAAAGGGAUACUUUUUCCCUUAUGUUUAAUGUUUUUAUGUUUAUUUCAGUCUAAUUUGAGUAAGAUAUCUGAAGUUUAUUAAGUUCCUACAGUUUUUGUGGAAAAAAUGAUGGGUGUCAAAGGAGAGAAAUUUAAAUUGGUGCCCUUAGGAUGGGAAAGGCUGAUUUCUGACCUGAAUCAAUGAGCUGGUUGGUCUAUUUAGAGUUUGUUGGGAAGAGGAACAGGUUGUGUAUUGACUAAAAGGGGAGCAAAGGACACUGUUCACAAGGGCAUGUAGCAAUAGGACAAGUGUAAUGGGUUUAAACUGAAAGAAGGUAGAUUACAUGAGGUAUGAGGAAGAAAUUCUUCCCUGUGAGGGUGCUGAGGCCCUGGCACAGGUUGCCCAGAGAAGCUGUGGCUGCCCCUGGCUCCCUGGCAGUGUUCAAGGCCAGGUUGGAUGGGGCUUUGGGCAACCUGGGCUAGUGGAGGGUGUCCCUGCCCGUGGCAGGGGUGGCACUGGAUGGGCUGUGGGGUCCUUUCCCACCCAAACCAGUCUGAUUCUAUGACACAUACCUACAAGGUUGCUAUCACUUCACAAACUGAUUUAAUGUUUGACCACUUAAUCAAAUUCAUCACUUUCAAUACAAGACUUGAUCCUUACUCUGACUACCUUCAACGGUGUUAAAAGAUUUAUUAGUUAAAACAAAUAAAGAUACCCAUUAGUGGGAAAACUGCA